AUGUCUAGAGUAUUAUCUGAGAAAAAAGAAAUACUUAAUCAUAUUGAAAAUUUAUCAAAUGAAAUUUUCUACGAAAUAUUUGAUUAUUUAGAUGGUUGUGAUAUUUAUCAUUCAUUUUCAAACUUAAAUUGUCGUUUUCAAGAUCUCAUAACACAUUCAACUUUCUAUUUAAAAGUUCAAUUUUCAUUCAAAUUUCAAUCAAAUUUAACAAUCAACGAUCGUUAUGAACGAUAUAUUUUCCCUAAUAAACAUCGUAUUAUUUCAUUUUAUUGUGAUCAUCAACUGUAUUAUGAAGAAUUCAUUCAAUUAUCUCCAAUUAACUCAACAUUUAAUCAUUUAGAAUCGAUUAUUCUUAAACAUAUUUCAACAAUUCAAUUUGUUGACCUUCAUUUCUAUUUGAAAACCUUACCGCGUCUUUCUUCAUUACAAAUUUUCUUUGAUUCUUGUGAAGAUGAUAUUGGUGAUAUCUAUCAACUUAUAUUUCAAUUACCUUUCUUAAAAUAUCUUAGAGUAGAAAUCGAUGAUUUUGAAGUCUCUGAUUUAACUCUUCCAAUAGCAACAAAUGAACAAUAUACAUCAAUUGAAUUCUUCAUUUUCUUUCAUUAUUUAACUCUUGAUCAAUUUUUUCAUCUACUUUCUUAUACACCUCGAUUAACUCAUUUAUAUUGUUUUAAUAUUUUGGAUUUUGAAUUAACAAAUUCAACCGAAAUCUUUCCAAAACUAAACAAUUUAGUUCUUUUCAAUCUAUGUACUAUGGAUCUUUCAUGUGAUUUAUGUCAAGCAUUACUUUCAAAAUUACCAUUACAAUUAAAAAUAUUAAGUGUGACUGUCUCUGAUAGAGAUAUAAGUUAUUUAGAUGCAAAUCGAUGGGAAGAAUUAAUUCGGAAGAAUAUGCCGAAUUUAGAAAGAUUUACUCUUUGUUUGCAGGAAAAGAUGGACGAACGUUUUCAGAUAACUGAUUAUCAUAAAACAAUUUCGAAUUAUUUCUUACCAUUUUGGAUGGAAAAACAAUGGAUAUUUCGAAUUGUAGUUGAUGAUGAUGAAAUUGAUUAUUCGAUUUUUCCUCAUAGGUAUGCAUCGAUUUUUCCUCAUAGCCAAAAAUUUUAUGAUUUUGAAGAACAUUUAUCUUAUAACAGAAAUUCUUGUCCUGGUGUGAAUUUAAAUAUAAUUAAUUUGAAUAAAAACCAAGUUUAUAUUAAUCGAUUUAAGAGUUUAUUUAAAAUUAUUAAUGUAACUCGAUUAGUAAUUAAAUGUUCGAUCGAUUCUAUGAGAACAUUUAUUAAAAUUCUUAAAUUAUUACCAAAUUUAAUGAUGUUACGCGUGACAUUUUUAACACAUCCAGACGAAUUUCUUGAUGCUAAAAAAGAUAUGAUUGAACUUCGUCGAUGUGUAAAAAACAGUAAGAUUACAAAUGUAACAAUAUCAAAUGCACAAGGUAGUGAUGAUGUCGAUUUCAUUAUUGGUCUUUUUCCACAAAUGAAAUCAUUUUCAAUACAAAUAAUUUCAAAUUGUGAUUUUUUAAGAGUUACUUAUUGGAUAUUAUACAGAAUCAAAAAGAAUAAAAUGUCUCAUCCAAUGAAAGUUUGUAUUCAAGUCAAAGAGGGAACAAAUGAUCUCAUUGAAAAAUUAUAUGAAAUGAUUGAUUCAAAGAAGUUAUUUAAGAAUUAUACAAUCUUUCAAAAAUUCGAUAUAUUUUAUAUUCAAUGGAACUAA